AUGGAAAUGGACGAGGACGACGACAUCUACGUGCCCGAGGAGCCACAGGUUGAUUCCCACCAGGCUCAACCGCCUCCGGUAGCCAGGCCUGUGGAGGAGCUUGAGGAAGGCGAAGAGGAGGACGAGAGUGGCGCAAUGGAUGAAGAAGAUGACGAUUCUGACAUCGACAUCAUCACAGAACGAAAAGACGGCACAACAGCUGCGCCUCCAACACAAGCAAAAUAUAGCGACAUCCGGAACAUACCGCAGAGGUCAGGCACCAACGACAGUCCAGGAAAACCUGCGCCUGUAGUACCAGCCAAGCCCGAAGCGCAAACCGCACCCUCGAGUACACUUAAUGUUGCUGCUCCAAGCGCAGAUCAAACUUCAGCAGCAGCCUCAAAAUCGACGGUCGAUAUCAAUGCCAACCCCGUAUACGCCCAAGUAGGCAAGCCGAUAACACAGGUCAACAUUGACGAAGACUUACCAGACAAUGAAAAACCAUGGCGCAAGCCCGGAACAGACAUCAGCGACUACUUCAACUACGGCUUUGACGAAUUUACGUGGGCGCUGUAUGCCGCCAAACAAGAGACUGUCCGUGGCGAAUUCGGGGCCGACGCGUUUGCCGUCAACAACAAGAAGAUGAUGGAUGAUUUCAACAACAUGAUGAUGGGGGGGAUGGGCGGCAUGGGCAUGAAUGGUGGCGCCAAUAACAACGCUGGCGCGUCGUCCAUGCCGGGCGGGGACGGCGGCAUGGCCCCUGAGAUGCAGCAAAUGAUGCAGCAAAUGAUGGCCGCUGGCAUGGACCCGUCACAGAUGGACAUGAGUCAGAUGAAUGCCAUGUUUUCAGGCAUGCAGAAUGGCGGCGGCGGUGCUGCGGGCACAGCACAGGGCGGCGCUGGACAGAACUUUGCGGGUGGCUACGGAGGCAACCAGGGCGCGUACGGAGGCUACAAUCAAGGCGCUGGUCGUGGGAGACGAGGGAGAUGGUAG